UGCACGUAUAACAAAAGCUCGCAUUUUUAUUUUUUGUGAGGAUUGUGCACACACUGAGUGAGUGGUUCUUCGGAAAUUCUGACCCAGUUUUGCAGCAGAUUGCUUCUUCACGUUCCUUUGCGAGAUUUUAAUGUUUCUCUGGUCCCAUUGGAAGGUCCAUAAAUUCUCCGUGUGGUGUGAAGUCCUUUUACUUCUUUGAAAAGCGUGUACAGUUUCACACUCUAAGCAAACCAAUCUUUUUCAUUUCUUUGUGAAGCUUUUCCUCUUCCUCAAAACACCCCUUUACUGCAAGAUCGAUCCCAUUUGCGCUUACUUUCUUCUUUCUCACAAUCUUGAAUUUUGGUUGGGUUCAGAUUCUGUUGCGGUAAGUAACUGGUAAGUGCUUGCUUUAUUCAUCGAUUUGUUCUUCCUUAUGAUGUAUAUGCUAAUGGAUUUUCUUAGUAUUGAUGGAAUUUGGCAAAUAGUAUUAUAUUUAACGCGUGAAAUUUCGUCUAGCUUUCUUAAUUUUCGUGGGUUUUGAAACUGAUCGACAAUAUGCCUCAGACACAUUGAUUGAACAGAAAAUAAUAAUAUUUUCGCCCUGUCAUUCUUGAAUGAUUGUGAAUUGAAGGGUGGUUGUGCUGUACUUGAUUUCUGUGUUCUGUGUUCUGGGUUCUGGGUUCUGGGUUCAGGAAUUGGUGAUAGGUUCAGUAAGCAAGGUUUAGUAUGGCAGAAAGUAUGAGGUGUUCUUCUAUGAUAUCUCGUAGUAAAAGUGAUCAAAUAGCACUGAAGGAGACACUUCGUGCGCAGCAGCAACUUCUGGAAAAGCUAUAUGCUGAGUUGGAUGAGGAAAGAGAAGCUUCAGCUACUGCAACGAAUGAAGCACUGGACAUGAUACUGCGUUUGCAGGGAGAGAAGGCUGUGGUGAAGAUGGAGGCCAGUCACUACAAGAGGGUGGCAGAAGAGAAGAUAGGCCAUGCUGAGGCUUCUCUCGAGGCUUUUGAGGAACUUAUGUAUCAGAAGGAAAUGUUAAUUGUGUCUCUCGAAUUUCAAGUCCAGGCUUAUAGACACAAACUUAUGAGCUUGGGGUGUGAUCUUAGUGCUAAUGAGUUUGAGUUUCAAGAGGAUCUCCAGCUGAAUAGAAGUGAUAAGAGAAAUGGAGAAAAUGGGGGUCAGAGUAGUAGCACUGUUAGAAGGCUACAUUCAAUGCCUGCAAUUCAGUUUCUGAGUUCCCUGAGAGCUGCUGCCAGGGAAAGAUCACCUAGUCCAGUUCUUGAUGUGAUUCCUAAGAUAAUAGAGGAGGAGAGUACUGAAAAGGAAGUAGCUCAACCUAAGUCAGUUGAAUUUUCAGGUGGUGGUGGAACUCUUGAUUCUUAUUUGAACCAGAUAAAGGAGUUGAAUGAACAAGUGAAGAUCAUUUCAGAUUGUGCUGAAGGAGAAAAGAGUGCAGAUUUGAGUAGUAGAAGAGGGAAGUCCUAUUCAGUUUUAUCGCAGGCUGGCACUGAUGAAGUGAGUCAAGGUGAAAGUACACGUAAUGGAGGAGUUGCUAAUGAUUCUCCUUGUUUGCAUAAUGUCUAUGAUGUAUAUGAAGUUCCACAAACUUGUGAAAAGGGAAAAAGGCUUGAGAAAUGGAAUUUGGAUGCAGAGAACAGAUCAAGAAAACCAGAUUCUGAGUAUCAGGGAAUGGUUGAAAAACCGGUUAAACUUGGAGCAACAGAAAAGAGAAAGAGUAUGUAUAAAGUGUAUAGUGAAAUCAAAACGACUUGUCCUACAGUUAUGAUGAGUGUCAGUGGCCAUAAAAAAGAAGGAAUGAGUGAAGUUUGUUGUUCUCAAGCUGAGUUUCAUAAGUUGAAUCAGAGAAUUGAGAGGCUUGAGAGGGAGAGAAUUAGUGCAAAGCAAGAGAUUCACCAUGAAGGGAAUGAUGAAGAACAGUUGAGGCUGUUAAAAGACAUACAAAGUCAACUCCAAUCAAUACAAUCAGAGAUGAGAGACUUGAAAACCAAAAAAGCUGCUCCUAAGGACAAUGUGUCUUUGGCUUCUCUCCAAGAGGCAAUGUUGCACUUUUGGCUUUGAUGAAGUACCUACAGAAUGACCAUUUUAGAAGAUCAAUCAACUCACUGCAUUACAUGUACAUACGGUUUGUAUACACAGAUAUUUUUUUGGGGGGUAGUGGAGUUGUUACAAGAAGAUAGAAUUAGAUCCUCUAAUCUGAACUGUUGCCAACAAAUGUAUUGAUUUUGAUAAUGGUUUCUGUACACAAGGACAGAAAUACCUUUACAAGUCUGUAUGUCUCGUCUCUGUAGUCCUGAAUGAUUCUUUGUCUGUGAUACACCUGACCGAGCUAUUGAGAAAGGGAUGUUAGUUGUGUAUGUAAAGACACCUUUGAUGUUCAAGUGAAAAGAAGAAACUAAACCCAGCUUAUUGUGUGAA